GACUGCAGUGCAGUGUUCUAGAACUUCUUGUCCUACGUCGCAAUCUGCAUAACAUAAAAUCCGAAUGUCUCUAAGGAAAAUAUUUUAUGUGCCUAUGCGUGUGCGACGAGACGAAUUAUAUUAUUAUUAUUACUCUCCGAAACGUCAGACGACGAGGAACAAAUUGCAUGAGAUUGGAAACCCGUGUUUGCUAAUGUGUUAGUUGGUCGUUCCUUCCUGUUUGUUUUGCAGGCUGUUUUAUCAAGCUCAGUCCCACUGCCUAUUUGCAUGGUUUAUUAAAACCAAAACUACUUGUUUUCAAGCGUCACCCGGGUAGCCAAAGCAAAACACGGCCAAGUCCCACAGGUCUCUGUCUCUGUAAAUGGAGUGCAUACAACUGAUCGUUUGUUUUGCUGAAAUGCUUUCACUCGUACACAUUUUAAGCGUCAAAAAUUGAGGACAACUCGACACAGACAUACCCACAUAACAUGUAGUGCUUCUAAUAAUAGUGGUUCAGUAAAUACUUUCACCUCGAUUCGCUGACAUAUAAAAACCGAUUGUAAGACCGAUGAAUCAAUAUACAUACACAUAAACGUAUUUGUACACACACUGACUGAAUAAAACCAAUAUUCUUGUAAAUUGUGAGCAUUUAUUGGUGAGCUAUAUAUUUACAUACACGUAGCAGAAUAGUAAAGAACGAGUGAAUUGACAAUCAAUAACAUGUCAUCGUAUUAACUAACGCUUACAUGAAUUUUUAAAUAAAUACAAUUGAUUUAAAACAAACUAUUAAGGUUUAAUUCUACACGAUGAAAUAUAUCACCUCAAGAAGUUAAAUUUAGCUACUGUGAUCAAUUCAAUUCAAAGAUCAACAAAAAAUGGUUCCAGAUGCAAAUUUGCUAUUUUACACAAACUUGGCUGGUGAAAUGUUUUAUAUAAUUUCUCAUCGCAUGAAAUCACAGUCAGUAAAACUAGAAUUACAACAAAGAGUUUACAAUGACCUGGCAAUCUCUGUCUGUCAUCCAGUGGUGGUGCAAAACCUCGUCAAGGGUAAAUUACAAAUCCUGGAAAUGAAUAUGAUGGACAUAAGGACGUUAAUAGAUCGCAUGGUGCAUUCGUCCAUAAUGACCGUCAACGCCUAUUCGAUGGAGAAACUUUUCGAACUGACCUUGAUCGCAACGCGGUAUCAAUACACCGUUUGUCAACACCCAAAAGACGUCCUGCUCAUUGCUCUUAACCAUUUGGACGGGAUUCGAAGCGCAAUCACCGAUCCAACUGCGAUUCAAUUGUGCGGAAGUCUUCACAAAAUUUUCAUUGAGCGAUUGCAGGGAGAAAGCUCCAUAAGAAUGCAAGAGUAUCGAUUUUCGAUUUUGACAUAUCUUGCGGACGUCAAAUUGAAAAUGACCAACUUGAUAAAAUUGGGGUUCCAAAAAUCCUCGGGAGAAUUUGUGAAGGAUUUUCCUCCUACACAAUUCUGCAGAGAUGAGUUUAAACAGCCUGGAUUAAUUGAACUCUACGGUGAUGCAGAAUUAGAACACAGUGACAGCAGUGACACAUCCGACUCCAAUAACGAAGCCCCUGAAGACAAUUAUAAUAUUGACGAGGAAGUUGAUGACGAGCAUUGCAUGCAAAAUCAACUUGACGAGAUAAAUCCACUUGGAGGAGGAGACAACGGAUGUCACUUUGAAAAUAUUUCUCUGCAAAUUCAUGAUAACGAGUUGGAAGAGGACGACGAUUUGCUAGAAAUUGAAUACGUCGAAAACAGUUUUCAAGAGAUAUUCGAGUCCUCAUCGGCUGAGCCUUCAAUUAUUAUGAAAUUUACUAGACAAAGGUCGGAGACGGAUGACGAAGAGGGAACGGACACGUCAGCGGGGGGCGUGCCCAUGAGUUGCUCAUACGAAUUGCAUGGUUCAAGAGGAAUCACGCUUGGACAAAGCAUUUACGAAAUACCAGGAAACUCUGAUGAAGGUGCCAAAUCAGUUGUAGCAAAAAGCAAUGUUACUUCUGAACCUGGAAGUGAGCAGACUAACCUUGAAAAUGACUUGGAUGCAAUCGCAAUAAAAUCUGUGCAAGGGCUGGAACUUUGCAGCAUUUUGCUGGGGUGCAAAAACGAGUCGAAAGUCGAGUAUAAAAGCCCAUUGACCAAUUUCCGGACGAGUAGCUCUGGUGGAGAAAGUUCAACAACGGAUCAGGAUUUAUUGCCUGAAUCUUACAUUCCGUUUACGAGCAGCUCGCACACAUCGUCAAGCAGCAAUAUUACUCCCAUCACGGGGGUAAAUAUCGUCAAGUUUGAUGCACGGACGGACAGGUCACAAAGUAAAGCUGCACUUUCAAAGAUUUCAAAGGAACUUGAUUUUGGCUCAGAUUGGGAGCCAAGUUCCGAAACUGAAAAAUCAAACUUAUUUGACUUGCUUGAACCUGAACCGGACGUUUAGUAGAAUUGUCCACUUUUAUAUCGUACUUUAAUAAAUAAUACUGAGGUCUGCAUUAAAAAAUUAA